GUGGGGUAGUGGCGGCGAUGGAGGUGGCGGUGGUACGCACGGUUGGGGGAUCCUCGGUGGAGCGCCGGGACGCACUUCGUCGCUGGCGGCCCGACUCGGAAGUCGGCCCCGACACCGGAGCCACUGCUCAACGCCCGCGCACCUCGAACGAGUACGCGCACCAGCAUCAACGAACGACCGAACGCCGAUUUGCUGUGGAGAGCCGAGAGAGACCAUCGCAGUAUAAAUCGAGCAACGAGAGAAUGUGCCACAGGCCACGAGAGGAACUCGCAAGAGUACUGCUGAGUCUAAUCCUCGUGCUCUUGACGUUCGCGGCCGACUGUCAAUCGGCUCCGAUACCGAACCCGAGGUCCCCGUGGCGAGAGGACGAGGGCGCACCUACGAUUUUCACCUCGUCGUGCGAUCCGGUGACGGGUCGCUGCCUCGAAUGGCUGCCGAUCGUUGACUCGCACCUCGGUGACUACAUCAUCGAACCGGAUUCGGAUUACGACAGGGCCCAGCUCAUCCAAACCCGAGAUGUAGACAAGGUCUCGGGGGCUUGGCGAGAAGCGACUUCCGAAGACAGAAAUCUCGGCGGUUUCGGUAACCAGAUGAUCACUAGUAGACUCGCCAAGAAGGACGUCUUCAUGUCACGAGGCUGGGGAGCUGGUGGUAUGCCUUUCUCCGUUCUCUACAUGAGUCCCCGAGCCAACCAUCCACCACCCUCAGGUAGCAUAUGAAUACAAACACUUUAGCCACGGCGUACCGAUCGUUCUCAU